ACAGCCUGCUCUUGGCCAGGCUAGUACCAGCAUCGUUCUCUCCAGUGGAAUAUCGAAUACCGAGCCGAGAUUCUGCCGUAACUAAUUCCAAGUCCGAUCCAUAUGGGAGGUUUCAAUAUGAAGGUCUGCGCCCUUGCGGCCUGUCUGCUGCUGGCCGGCCAGGUGGCCAGCUAUUCGAUGGAGGAUUUGUGCGCCCAGUGGUCGGGCUCCGGCUACGUGGGCGACCCAGCCGACUGCCACGGCUGGGGCUACUGCCAGGGCCAGAAGCUGGUGUCGUGGAACAAGUGCAAAGACGGCCUCGUCUUCAACGCCCAGACCUCGAGCUGCGGCUUUGACAACUCAACGAUUUGCACCACCAGCGCGGUGGCCACCUGCACGGCCGCCAAGUCUCCCAUGUACGUGGCAGUGCUCAACGAUUGCAACCAGUAUGGCUACUGCUUCGGCAACGGCUCCAUUGGCUACGGAAACUGCGGCGCCGGCGGCGUCUAUGCUGCCAACAACAACACCUGCGUCUGGGGGCCAACUUGCCCUCAGGACACCAUCUGCCGCUUCAUGAAGAAUGACAUUUUCGUGGGCGAUCCGAACAACUGCGGCUCCUACCUGCAGUGCAACAACGGCUACGGCACUCCGGGACAAUGUGCCCCCGGCAAGUACUACAAUCCGGGCAAUGGCAUGUGCCAGGCGACCAAUCCCUGCACCGGCAACUCCGGCAACAGUGACAGCAACCCAGGCACCACCUACACUGUGGGACAGUCGGUGGCAGGCGCCUGCACGGGCGGCACAGCCAUAGCUCCCGCCACAACCUUCUUUAUGGCCGAUAAGCAAACUUGCUAUGGAUACUUCUACUGUACAACAGCAGCAGGAAAUGGAAUUUGGAACGCCUGUCUGACUGGCACCCACUUCGAUCCCACCACACAGAAAUGCCUCUCUCCCGCUUCAUUCGCCUGCACCUAUAACCGUUGCGGCAAUGUCAAUGCCCCGUUCAUGGCGGUCAGUGGCCAAAGUUGCAAGCAAUAUGAAAUCUGCUCAAACAGCGCCACAGCCUACUGUCCCUCCUCCAAUCCCUACUACGAUGAAGUACAUAAUAUAUGUACAGCAGACAGGCCCGCCUACAAAAUUUGCGCUUGAUC